CCUCAUCCUCUAUAUUCUCUCUAACCAACAUCAUGGUUCGCAAAGACCCUAUCUUCGAAGCCCGCACAAAUGUCAAACUACACUCCAAUAGACUCAAGAAAGAAGCCGUCCGAGCGGAGGCGACCUUCAAAUCCGAGAAGGCCAAAGCCGACAAAGCGAUGAAAAACCGCGAGUUCCAGAUCGCCCGCAUUCACGCCGCCUCCGCCGUGCGCGAGAAGCGACGCCAAGUAACGCUCAAAUCCGAAGCGGCACGCGCAGACGUUAUCAUCAACGAACUCAAGGCCGCCCAAAGCACCCGCGACACAUCCCGGACGCUCGCUAUGGCGUCGCGGGGCCUAGAUGCUGCCUCACGGAGCGUCAACCUCGAACACCUCGUCUCCCACGCUAACAACUUCCUCGCCCGGUCGGAGGACUUUAAGAUCGCUAGCAGUGCAAUCGAGGAUGUCGCACAGGGUAUAUCGAUGCAGGAAUAUGGUGCGGAGGGUGAGGCCGACGUUGAUCGACUUAUGGAACAACUGGCAGAUGAUGCGGGUGUUGAUAUGCGCAAGAACCUCGAGGCGGAUGCUGCGCCCAAGGAGGAGGUUAAGGAGCCCAAGCAAGUGGAUGCCGAGGUUGAGGAUGGCUUGGGUGCAAGGCUACGAGCCUUACGGGCUGCUAAUUGAGCAAGUGGCUUAAUCUCUCUCUCCUCCUGGGUACUCCGGAUUUACGGGACUGUCAAUCCCCCAUAUAGAUUCCUCGCGAUCUCUGGACCUUGCAACACACUGACGAUCCACGAAGUUACGCUUGUAUUUCAAUGUUCUUUCUGCGCUGCUCUAUACGUGACUAGGCGUAUUCAAC